AUGUCUACAGCAAUCAAGGUCGGCAUCGUAGGUGCUACUGGUCGAACGGGAAGCUCAAUAUUGAACGGGUUGCUAGCUUCCGAGACGGGAUUUGAUAUCACUGUUCUUGCCCGACCUACAUCUGUCAAUAACGAGGCUAAUAACGAACUCAAGAGCCGCGGCAUUCGUAUCGUAGCUGCGGACUUGACCGGUCCCAAGGAUGACCUCGUUAAAGCGAUUACCGGCAUUGAUGUAAUAAUAUCGUGUAUAGUAUUCUCUAGCCUGGGUGAUCAGGUACCUCUGGCCGAGGCGGCGAAACAAGCUGGCGUAAAGAGAUUCGUGCCAUGCAACUUUAGCACGCCAGCACCACGAGGCGUGAUGGAUAUAUGUGACGAGAAAGAUGAUAUCCUGGCAGCUAUCCAACGCUUGUAUUUGCCGUACACCUUGAUAGACGUUGGGUGGUGGAUCGACCAGUCGGUACCAGCCAUACCUUCAGGCCGAACAGAUCACGUAAGUGUCAAAGUGCUCGACAUAAUUCCUGGCGACGGAUCGGUACCCAUGGCCUAUACAAACUUGCCAGACGUCGGGACGUACGUGGCGAAAAUCAUUGCCGACCCAAGAACCCUCAACAAGAAGGUCUUUGCGCAUACCGAAACACUCAGUCCAAUCCAAAUAAGGGGCCUGCUGGAGGAGCUCAGCGGAGAAAAGGUUACAAGAAAUUAUCUGAGCGCAGACGAGAUACACAAGGCUAUCGCUUCGGCGCGCUCUGCCCUAGAAAAAAACCCUAGAGAUCCAACUGCCAGGUUUAACCUCAUUCUGAAUCAGUACAUAGAUUCGUGGGGACUCCGAGGAGAUAACACUCCUGAGAUCGCAUCGUAUCUGGGAUAUCUAGAUUUCAAGGAGUUGUAUCCAGAUGUUAAGGGAAAGACGGUACGAGCCCGUCUUCAAGAGAUCCUAAAUGGGAAUUGA